AUGGCGAAACCACCACAGUUAUACUUUACCGUCGUCAGACAUGGAGAAACUAGCUCAAAUUUAAAUCAUAUUAUACAAGGACAUAUAGACACAAAAUUAAAUAAAACGGGAAGAGAACAGGUAGAGAUAGUUGGGCGACGGUUACGUAAAUUAAAAUUUGAUCAUAUCUAUACUAGUGAUUUGUCCCGAGCAAAAAAGACGGCAGAUGCCAUCGCUAAACAUCAUCCGGACACACCAUUCACUGUAGAUAUGCGACUUAGAGAACGGGAUAUGGGAAGACUUAGUGGAAAAUCCAUUCAGGAUGCUUUAGAUUUAAUUAAAGAGGAAGAAGCUUCAUGGGAUGAUUAUGGUGAACCCGAAGAAGAAUUUAAGGCCCAGGUGGUCGGCUUCUUCGAUGAUAUAAUUGCAAAACAUUUACCAAAAAAUGAAGCCGGAUCAUCUCCACCAAACAAACGUAAUUCUCAUAUUCUUUUAGUUACUCACGGUGGUGUUAUAAACAAACUUGUCAAAGAACAUCUAAUUAUGGAUUUAGGAUUCUUUGUUAAUGAUUAUUUAAGUAUGAAACAUAAAGCCAAAAAUACUAGUGUUACAAAAUUCGUUGUUAGAAGAGUUGAAAGCUCAAAUUCAACUACGGAUGAUGAUGAUGCCACUAGUAUUGUUAGUAGUAAUACUACAGAAAAUGAAAGUAAUGAUGGUGAUUCUGAAAAGAUUUCUCAUAGAGAUAUUGAACGAAAAAUAAGGUUAAAAGGUGAUGUUACUCUUUGGAGUUGUGUAUCACAUUUGGCUGCUCAAGGUAAACGAACUCACGGUGAUUCUCAGAUUGAUGACUAUGUGCAUUAG